AUGCUAAUUUGCCGAACCCCCCACGAAGAAAGUUCGACUUUUUUGUGUGUGACAUUUCAAGUCGACUUGUGUGUGAGAGGUUCGUAUUGCGUGUGUGACAUUUCGACUUGUGUGUGAGUGGUUCGGCUUAUUUGCGCGUGGUUCGAAUGUCUUUUGCGAGCGUUUCGUAUUACAUGUGUGAGCUUUCAUAGUGUUCACAAGCAUUGGACUUAAUUGUGUGUGUGUGUGUGUGUAUGUGUAUGUGUGUGUGUGUGUUCAUAAUUUUGUCCCUUUUGGACGCCCAUACAAUAUUGGGGUUUCAGGUGAAGCCCUUAAAUGGUUUGAAAACUGCAUUACAGAUAGAAAGCAGUUCGUUCGCAUUGGCUCCUCGGUAUCCGAAGUUUUACCAAUCACCCACGGAGUGCCUCAGGGAGCAACAUUGUCACCGCUAUUGUUCUGCGUCUAUAUAAAUGACCCUCCAAGAGUACCACAAGCAUCUGAGUUGGAAUCAUUCGUCGACGAUUCUAAGAUAUUUAUGUCAUUUCCAAUUGAAGAUAUUGCUAGUGCAAAAACAAAGAUGGAAGAGGACCUCAAAUUGGCAGCAACUUGGUUUUUCGAAAACAAACUGUUGAUAAACCCCGAGAAGACAAAGUUACUCUUGAUAGGAACUCGUCAAAUGCUCGGUAAGCUCCUUGAGGAGACGACAAUUACUUUUUUUGGAGAAGAGAUUACACCAGUCACAAAUGCCAAAGACCUGGAAUUAACCCUAGACAGUUAUCUGACAUACGAUUACCAUAUCAAAAAUGUUGUAUCAUCUUGUAUGGCCAAGCUGUGUCAGAUAAACAGACUAAAGGAUAGCUUUGAUAAGGGAUAG